AAGUGAGGCAGUGAGUGCCAAAGCUAAGUCUCGCCCAAAAGAAGGGUCAGUUGCUGAUCUUGAUAGUGACGCAGGGAGAUCAAAAGAGAGAUCAAAAGUUAAAAAACAAUUGCUUUCGAGCAAACAAAGAACAUCGAAAUCUUGGCACCAGAUGAUUGGUAUUGUAUGUUGGAAAGGGUAUGUUGCAGAUACCGAGGACGACACACCAUCUCCCACCAAAUAUAGGAGACGUAGGCGGUAUACAUUGCAGCAAAAAAGAAAAUUGGUAAGCCUAAACAGUUGUAUAGCAGCUACUAGCAUCUCCAAUUUUUUGCAAAAAAGUCGAACAUAUUUCUUUGUAAAAUUAUUUUUAUUUUUAGAAAUUAUAUCUGUUCAGUUGUGAGGGAAGAUUGCAAUCAUUCUGUAGCAAAUCAGAUUUUAUGGGUAAUUGAAGUCAAUUUUAAUUA